UAUAUAUCCGUGAUACGACGGAUCAACGAAUCGAAUCGGAAAAAGCAAACGAAUAGCGAAGCGCCAAAAGUGGCGCGUGGCGAACGUGACAAUCUCCGAAACAAAUGGUCGAAUAUCGUUUCUCUCUAGUUUCGUUCACGACGAUACAACUACUAAGGUAUCUAACCUUAUCUUAUAUAAUAUAUACAUAUAAUUUCUUUUGAGAUCAAUUUUUUGUAAUCUCGAAUCUCGCGUUUUUAAAUCAUAUUUUUCAACGAUGAGUCAACAACAAGGGAAGCAAACCAAUACGGAAAUUCGCUCCGCGAAAAGUUUAAAAGUUUCAAAUCCUAAUUUGCAAAAACCUGUUAGUUUAAGAGGUGUGCAAUUUAACGAGGGUAAAAAGAGGUUAGGUUCGAAGAAUUCUGGUACGAAUUCGGUGAGUCGAGUGUUUUUCCAUAAACGUGCAGAUCGGAUGAAGAUUCCCAAGUAUCAGAAUACCUAUCGACUCGAAUCGUUUAAUCCCUUCAACAUAGAGGUGGUCGAUAACAUGGUGAGGGAUACGAUGGAGAGUAAAUUGUCGACGGUGACGUCCUAUCAUCCAAACAUGAUGGCCAAAUUGUGCUGCGAGAUCGACAACGAGUUGCAAAACGCGCUCCUCAAAAAGAAUUACGAUAGGUACAAGCUAGUGGUGCAGGCGACGAUAGUUCAACGUUUCGAUCAAAGUUUACACGCGGGUUUUCAAUGCCUUUGGGACGUGGAACGAGACAAUUAUUCGUACUACGUUUUUCAAAAUAACCAUAUUUACGCUUGGUGUUGUGUAUUCGCCAUAUAUUACGAGUAAAAAUUCAUCGUUCUCCGGUUAAAUCGCACGGACGCAAUAUGCGGACGAUAUACGUUACAAUUUCAAGCUAAUUCCUUUUUUUUUAUCUUUCUCUUUUUUUUGUAACCCCUGUUCGUGAUAUCA